CGUGGUGCGUCGUGCGGUGCUAGUGAUCUCGCGGAUCCGCCCGGUGACGGUACUCUCACACACUCGUCACGUGCGUGUGCCCGCCCCGAACUCGUCCCGAGCUCCUCGCCGCCGGCACGCCGACCUCCUCGUCAGCAUGAAGCUCCUCGCCCUGGUGGCGGCCCUGGUGUCGCUGUGGGCGCUGCGGGCGUCGGCCUACACACUGUACAACACGCAGCCCUACUACGUGGCCAAGCCGGUCGGCCGGAACGCUCAGGCCCAGCAAUGCCAGUCGCUGGCCCAGCCCAUGCUGCUGCUGGCGGAGCGCGCGUGCGGCUCCCCCGGCGCGCUCAGCGAGAUGCCCCUGGUGGUGGUGGCGCAGGACUCGCUGCAGGUGGUGCGCGACGGCCAGGCCAUCGGCCAGGCCCAGGUGCGCGUCGCCGCCCUCAACUCGCAGAUCCCGUACGCCACCGUCUCGGGCUACAACCAGGGUGAGGCCCAGGCGCUGCGCGCGGUGCGCGUCGAGCUGCGCCAGCCCGUGUACGUGUCGUCGCUGCAGAGCACCGUGCCGUUCCCCGACUCCUUCAUCGUGGUCCACGGCGUGGACGGCGCCGCCGCCCCGCUCGCCAUCCGCACCGUCCUGGCGCCCGUGCCCGCCGGCACCGUGCUGUCGCCGGCCCAGCCCUUCGCCAUCAAGGUCCUGUACGCCGUGCCCCUGGACCCCUUCAGCACAGCGCUGCAGCCGCAGAGGCAACCCGUGUUCAACUACUUCGCCAACAACUACUACGCCGACGCGCCGCUGUACAACCCCCAGCCCGCCCUGGCGCCCGAGUACUACGGGUUUGGCUUCGAGGACCAGCAGCAACUGCUCGCCCCACAGAGACUGCCCCUGCCUCAGAUCCAGCAGCAGUUCCAGCCCCAGCAGCAGUUCCAGCCUCAGCAGCAGCCCCAGCAGGUCCCCCAGCAGCAGCAGCAGCAGGCCCCUCAGCAGCAAUUCCAGCAGCAGCAGUUCCAACAGCAACAGCCCCAGCAGCAGUUCCAGCAGCAGCAGCCUCAGCAGCAGGCUCAGCAAGUGCCCCAGCAACAACCCCAGCAGCAGUUCCAGGUGCACUUCCAGCCCCGUCCCCAGUACCAGUUCCAGCCCAUCAACAGCCCGCAGCACCAGACCUUCCAGUACCAGACCGUGCACAGCCAGCCCCAGCAGCCCCUGCAGUCACCGCCGCAGCGACCCAUCCAGCAACAGCAGCAGCAGCAGGCCCAGGCCGUGCAGCCCGGCGGGCCCAACAAGCCUGGCGCCAACCUCGUGACCAUCCUCGAGUUCCCCUCGUCCGUGGCCUCCCCCGAGUCGCUCUUCUACCAGCCGGAGGACCCCGACUCCGAGCUCGGCAACAGGCAGCCCCCGCAGGCGGUGAACCCCGCGGGCAUCGUGCAGUCCACGGCUCCCCAGCCCAACCUGUCCGUGUUCAUCAACUCCAAGGAGUCGUCGGUGCUGCAGAACCUCCGCGACGAGGCGGAGAAGGAGAAGGUGAACCGCAACAGGCUGGUGCUGGCCGGGCUGCGGGGCCUGCCGGCGCGAGGCCAGGAGGACAUCAACCCCGAGCUGGACAGCGUGUCCGUGGACGCGCUCAGGGCGUCCCGCAGCAGCGGCGCCGCGGCCAAGGACGUCGCCGUCAAGGCACCGUCGACGUCGACCAAGAGCGACGCCAGCGCGGCGCCGGCGGCAGCGGCGGGGAACUGAAGCCCUGAGGCCGCCCGACACGGCGGCACGGCGGCGCGCACGUUGACACCAAGUGCUGAGCACACUGGGUGACCGGCCCAGCUCAACAAGUGCACCGGGCUUGAGAAGGACCAGCCGGGCCAGUCCCGAGCACCCACUAUCGCCUCCACCGCGUCGGUGACGUCUCGAUGCUAAAUUAUCCGCUCUCCGGUUAUUUUGGCCUCGACGCGAUGCCGCGUGACGUCUGGCGGACACUGUCGGCGUGUCGGCGGGGCCGCGACUCCGGCCGGACCGCCCCUAGUCUCACGCGGACCUCCUGGUGGCAUCCAUGACCUUCCCCAUGGCUUCCUUCAUGGCUUCCUUCAUGGCUUCCUUCAUGGCCUCCUUCAUGGCCUCCUUCAUGGCCUCCCCCAUGUGCACCGGGAUGCACCCCCUGCAGCACUACAGAGGCGCGAAGCUACACUGAAAAUUUUGGUUGCCACUUGAUGACAAUGUGAAGGCUAAUUUCCGUUACAAAAAUGUCAUCAAACCAGUUUAUGAUAUUGUUUUAUAUUACGCACAGACAGCAAAAAUGGGAGAUUUCAUGAAAAUGUCCUCAAUUUAGGAUGAGUCAUUGAUGAAAAACUCAUCCACUACUUUGUCAUAAAGUGACAACAAAUUUUUACAGUAGACUUCGAGACGCCUUUCUCGAUGAAGUGCCCUCCUCGUUGCACAUCUCAUCUGCCCCAUGUGCAAUCAGAGAAAUGCUCAAUUUAGUUUUAAAUCGUUUUAAUUUCACCCCUUCCCUCCACGCUCGAGUCCACUGCUGCGCGGGGCAUCACGGGAGACAUAUUAUCUUUCCACCAAUUGAGUUGGCUCUUGUUUGAUUGGUUUCGUCUUCUUUGUUUUUCAAAUUAUUAUAAUGAUCGAUGGAAGAUAGAGUUGUUGUGGCUCGGCAUGAAAAUCAGAUCCCACAUAGUUACCUAGGGUCGAUGCAAUUCAUUCUUAAAUAUAUUAUAAUUAGCAUUAAGUGUUUGUGUGUUUUUGACCGUGUUCUUGAAUGUAGUUUCUAAUGCACUACGAGAAAUUAUCGUUCACUUUUAUUAAAUCACAAUUCUGACAUAGCCUUUAAUCAGGCUCAUAAAAAAAUUCCAUGACAGAAUUCUUGUUUCUAAUAUUGCAUUUUCAUUUUCGCUCGGUUGCAUAAAAACAACUGUGUAUUGUUAUUUGCGCAGCUCAAAAUUCUGUAAUCAGGCCAAAUUACCCAUUCAACAAAUUUUGUGCAGGUUGUAAAAUGUACAUCCCUGAUACAAAUUAUCUUGUUUACAACAUAAAUAAAAAUUAAUGUAAACAUGAAAUAAGUGUUUCAUGCCUGUAUUGUAUGCGUACCAUGUACGUACUAGGUAUCUCAUAAACAGGUACAUGUACAAAUAAACGUUUUUAUAAAUAG